AUUCGUGAAUCUGAGGAGUAGCGUAGGUCUUCGUCUACCUCGUGCUCGACUUGUGUGUGCUUCAGCUUCGUUCAUCAAUACCCCGUGAGCAGGGCAGAGCAUAGCAUUUAAAGUCGUCCCCCUUUGCCCUCCCUCAUUUCCUUCGCUUUCCUUUCCUUUCCAGCUUGCUAGCUGCCUCCCUCGCUCCUCCCUCCCUCCCUGUCCCUCCUCAACAGCCAGCCAGCCUUAAUGCCGCCCGCCCAUCGCCAUCGCCAUCGCUAAACCAAGCCCCCACCACCGUCCAUCAGCAUGCAAUUGCUUCCAGUCCCCAUGCUGCGGCUGCGGCUGCGGCGCUUCCCCAGGGGAGCCGCCGCCUCGGCCUGGCCAUGCUUCCUCCUCCUGCUCCACUUGCACCUAUCAGCAGCCGCCCAAGCCGCCGACGCCGACGCCCUGCUGACCCUCAAGUCCUCCCUCGACCGCUCCGACCGCCUCCCCUGGCGCCCCGACACCGCGCCUGCCUUGUGCUCCGCCUGGCCCGGCGUCCGCCAGUGCGCCCCCGCCGGCCGCGUCACCAAGCUCGUCCUCGAGGGCCUCAACCUCACCGGCUCCCUCACCGCCGCGCUCCUCGCGCCGCUCGCCGAGCUGCGCGUCCUCAGCCUCAAGUCCAACGCGCUCACCGGCCCCAUCCCGGACGCCCUCCCCCGCGCGCUCCCCAACCUCAAGCUCCUCUACCUCGCCGACAACCGCCUCCAGGGCCGCGUCCCCGCCACCCUCGCGCAGCUGCACCGCGCCACCGUCAUCGUGCUCUCCGGCAACCGCCUCACGGGCGAGAUCCCAAGCUCCCUCGCCGCCGUGCCCCGCCUCACCUCGCUCCUGCUUGACCGGAACCUGCUCACCGGCGCCGUCCCGCCGCUGGCGCAGCCGACGCUCAGGGCGCUCAACGUCUCCGGCAACCGCCUGGCCGGGGAGAUCCCGCCCGCGCUCGCCAGGAGGUUCAACGCCUCGUCUUUCCUCGACAAUGCCGGGCUGUGCGGGCCCACGCUGGGCAUCCGGUGCCCCGCGGCGUUGGCGCCCCGGAUGACGGAGGGGAGCCGGCGGCGCGGCAGGAACGCGGGCAUCGUGGCCGGCGCCACGGUGGCGGGGGUGGUGGUGCUGGGCAUCCUGGUGGCCGCGGCGCUGGUGGUGGCGGCGCGGCGCGGGAGGAGCAAGCGCGUGGCCGGCGACGUGGACAAGGACAAGGGCGGCGGCCGAAACAUGGACAUGGUGGGGGAGGAGCGGGAGGAGCAGCAGGCGCCGGCGGCGGCGGGCGAGACGCAGCAGCGGGAGUUCUCGUGGGAGCGCGAGGGCAUCGGGAAGCUGGUGUUCUGCGGCGGCAGUGGCGUGGCGGAGAUGUACAGCCUGGAGGAGCUGCUGCGCGCGUCGGCCGAGACGCUGGGGCGCGGCGAGGUGGGCAGCACGUACAAGGCGGUCAUGGAGACGGGGUUCAUCGUGACGGUGAAGCGGAUGCGCGAGCCGGCGGCGGCGGGCGCGGCGGAGUUCGGGCGGCGCGCGGAGGAGCUGGGGCGGGUGCGGCACCCCAACGCGGUGGCGCUGCGGGCAUACUUCCAGGCCAAGGAGGAGCGCCUGCUGGUCUACGACUACUACCCCAACGGGAGCCUCUUCUCCCUGCUGCACGGGUCUCGGGCGUCCAGCAAGGGGAAGCCGCUGCACUGGACGUCGUGCCUCAAGAUCGGCGAGGACGUCGCGGCGGGGCUGCUGCACCUCCACCAGUGGAGCAUCGUCCACGGGAACCUCAAGCCCUCCAACGUGCUCCUGGGCCCCGACUUCGAGUCCUGCCUCACCGACUACGGCCUGGUGCCGACGCUGCUCCCCUCCAACGUCCAGCUCCCCUCCCUCUCGUACCGCGCACCCGAGGUGCGCGCCACCGCCGCCCCAAGCUGCUGCGGCUUCACGCCGGCCUCCGACGUCUACAGCUUCGGGGUGCUCCUCCUGGAGCUCCUCACGGGGCGGACGCCGUUCCAGGACCUCAUGGAGCUGCACGGCGACGACAUCCCCAGCUGGGUGCGCGCGGUGCGCGAGGAGGAGAGGGACGACUCCUCCUCCGUCUCUGCCGCCGGUGACGACAAGCUCACGGCGCUGGUCGCCAUCGCGGCGGCGUGCGUGGCCGCGGACCCGGCCAGGCGCCCAACCACGGCCGAGGUGCUCCGGAUGGUAAGGGAGGCCAGGGCCGAGGCCAUGUCCUCCUCCAACAGCAGCGACCGCUCGCCGGCGCGGUGGUCCGACGCUAUGCUGGGCGUGCCGCGGGAUCAGCAGCAGCCCACGGACAGCUUCACGGACAGGGGGGAUUGAUGAGAAUUGUCAUAUUGUCAUGUCAGCAGCAGCAGCAUUAGGCUAGGCUAGGACAAGCAGCUAUAUAUAUAGGGAUUGAGAUUUGAGAGUGUAAUUGGAUUGGGUUUGCUUGCUGUAACUGUAAAAUCCUCGUUUCCGAAUAGCUGUUUCUUUUUCAUCAGAUGAGAUGAGAUGAGAUGAGAUGAGAUGAGAU